AGUUACGGUGCGAGGCCGACCGGCUUGCCAGCGAAGCAAUUUUCGAUGCAAAGUACACAGUAGCCAUGAUGGCAAUGCCAUUGGAGUUCUUAGUUUCUAAGUAAUAUUCAUCAAAAUGGGAGUGGAAUCUGAAUUUGACACCAUAUUUGACCUCCUGGAUGCCAGACAGAAAGGUUUCAUAGAAUACAAUGAGAUUCUUGAUUUUUACCAGGCAUUUUAUUUUAUGCCUGUUGCAAGAGAUCAAGUACAUGAAGCCAUAAAACAUGUUUGUGGCAAAGAAGCUGAUGGAAGAUGUCGGAAGAGUCAAUUUUUAGAUCUGGUGGUGGAAUUAGAGCGGAGACGGCAGGUUGAACAAGGAUCUUGGUGGGACUUCAAAGCUCUAGAUACAAAGGAUGCAGAUAGAAUAUCAGUAAAGGAAGGUCUGUUUUUGAUGAAAGCUACUCACCAAGAACAUUUUACAACCAUCACAUGGCAAUCAUUCCUUGAGUCUCGUUCACACCCUCAUGAAGACAUCAAUUAUUCUGAGAUACGCAUGUGGCUAUGUAAUUGGCCACUUCAUGGGACACACUGUGGAUAUGAUGAAGUCAUUGCAAUGGGAGAGAAGUUGGAUAAGGAAAAGAAGAGACAGGAUAUGCAGAGGAGGAAGAAAGUGAUGAAUCUUGAGGAUGAUUUCAUCAAAGCAAUUGAAGCUCAGGAAAAACAACAAUACAGCAACAAAUUCAGGAAUGAGGCCAAGCGAAAAUUGAACAGGUGGGUGCAGCUAGGAGUAGAGUCCUUGUUAUUUGAUGAUGGAUAUGAUGCCUUUGAAGGAGAUGGUACACAAAGAAAUACAGUCUCUGUCCAAGAUCUUAUGGAAGCUAUGGAUGAGAAAUAUGAUAUUCUGAGAGAGAAACUCCUAUGGGAAGCCACUCAGAAACAUGUCGGUGAGAGCAUUUGGUCAUCAAUGAGGGAGAGUGAGCAUGAAGAACAAGUCUUGAGAGUAAAGACCAAAGAGACUGAAUACAGAGUCAAGGGUGACUUUGAGAAGAUCACACAGCUGUCUGUCUCCUACCAACUUUAUAAUAGUACUCUGAUAUCCAUGAUGGGGUAUGAAAGAUUGGCCCAUCUGAAAUACCUCAAAGAAUUACAAGACAAAGAGAAGAAGAUGAAAUUAGAUGGGAAGACAUCAGAUGAGAUUUAUCAAGUCUUUUCAGAGGAACACAUGCAGAAGAUUCAAGGAAGAGCCACUGCAGGUCAACUUUUGAUUGACCUUCACAAGCGUCAUGUAUCUGAGAGAGAAUUUGUCCUCUCCUUACUGAAGGGUAGUCAAGGUCGUCCAUUGUUUGCUGCUGAGAUGGUGACGGAAUAUGUCCAUUAUGUAACUCAGCAAUUGAUAGCAGCAUGGGAACCAUCUCAACUAGAGUAUUCAGCAAUGGCCAUGGGAAUCUCAGAGAGAACUCAAGAUCUUAAAUCAUCCUGCUACGACUAUGAUCGUGAUCUUCAUGAACUGCUUGGGUUGCAUCGAUUACACCAAGAUGGUGCGUCCAAGCGUCCAGACAAGCCUUCAGGGGAACACUUUCCAAUGGAAGGCAGAAACCGUGGUAUUGUGGAUCUUCAGGUUGAGAUCAUGAGGGCUGUACUUAGAAAACAAAUGCAUGAGAGGAUGAUGAUGAGUUACAUGCUACAAGGCAAGGAAAGUACUGCAUGGAGAGCUGCAGCUAAUAGAAGACCUUCAAGAGAAGACAAGGAACAACGUAUCAAUGAACUAAGAACACUUUGCUCAAAUUGGAGACAAAGUCCUCUUGAGUACAUUAGGAGCAAACAGAAUGCACAUGUUAAGAUGCUGCUGGAAGGAACAUGGCUGUAUCAUGCUAACAAACAACUUGACAUCCGAGGAGGUCACAACUUGACAUUGACCCAAGUCUCUGCACAUGUUAUGGCUGAUCUUCAGCAGCAUCACUCUAGAGAGCUAGAGAGAAUCCUGCUUGAAAUGCAACAUAAGGACUCCAAAGAUCUAAUGUCAAUCUGGCGUCGUGAAUACGGUGCAUUGAAUGAAGAGUUUUUGGAUGGUAUAUCAGCUGUGAUCCUUGGAACCUUUGAACUCUCUUUUGAAGAACUUGAAAUAGUAGCAGCCCUGGAAGCCAAGUAUGAUGUCCUCAGGGACAAGCUGUUGAUGGAUGCUCUAUUAAAGCAAUAUGGAGAAGCUGAAUGGAAGAUGUCUGAAGGAGACAGGCAAAGACUUCUUAUCAAACUCAAGCUAGAAGAGAGACGUCUAAGACAAGAAGGAAAGUUUGAUCAAGCAGCCAAGCUUCUUGGAGAUAGUAUUAAGGUAGCCCUUCUUGGAUUUUAUUUACAAAAACGGUUAUGCUCUGUUGGAGGGUGA